GGCUGCGGACGAGUGUCCACGUGAACCCAGUGUGGGGUUUCACGCUGCCAAAAAAACACAGUACAAGUGCCUGCAAAGACUGUUCUCUCUUACAAUUUGCAGGCGGCUUAGGGGUGCUUAUGAACCCUGAACAAAGAGGAGUUACAUGCAACUUUUAGAUAAAAUGAUUACAAGCUAACCUGCAGCUACACCAUUCAUUAAAAGGCAAAGCUACCUCUGGUUAACCGGAACCGAUCAAGUUUGGUGCAUGUUUCCCCCGAAGUUGACAAUGCCAGUUGACAUGGCAUUGCCCCUUUACCUGUCCCAAGAGGAGUUUGGCUACAGGACAACGUCCAUAAACUACCAGCCAGCUCAAAACUCAUGCCUGAGCUUUGAACACUCGCACUGCAUUGAUCAGAUUGAAUCCAAUGAAAAUUCAAUCAAUGAAACCACAAGAAAAAUCAAAAAGCAGGUGACAUUUGCAGAUCACAAAGGACUCUCUUUAACCAAGGUGAAAAUCUUCUCUGAGUUUAAUGAUCAGAUUGACAUUCCCGUAUCUGUGCAAGAGAUGUUGAAUGCUGCCAUCACACAAGCUACAGAAGAGGACCAGCUGGUGCUGGACUUUCCGCAGCCUUCUUCAGAUUACCUGCACUUUCGCCAAUGCCUGGAGAACAACUAUGUAUGUCUAGAGCAUUGUGUGUUGAAAGAAAAGCUUCUGGCUGGAACGAUUAAAGUGAAAAAUUUGUCUUUUGAGAAGUCUGUGAAUAUGAGGGUGACCUUUGACACAUGGAAAAGCCAUACAGAUAUUGGAUGUGAGUACAUAAAAGACACAUAUCCAAGUUCCUACAGUGACACUUUCUCUUUUGAGAUUUCUAUCCCUGAAAAUUUGAGGCUGCAUGAGCACAUUGAAUUUGCCAUCAGCUAUGAAGUGGCAGGCUUUAAGUAUUGGGACAGUAAUGAGGGGAAGAACUAUCGAAUCCUGUGGUCUUCAAUGAAGAAACGACAUGAGGACAGUUACCAUAAAGAAUCUUUAGGGUUUGGGAUCCAUUUUGACCGUUAUGGGAGCCCCACUUGCUCCCAUGGAAUUUUUCCUGAUUGGCCAAGUUAUGCAGGUUAUGAAAACAUCGGCCCAUACUACUAAAUACUUUUUUUUUUUUUUUUUUUUUUUUACGAUAACAUGAACCUUUGAUAGAGACAUUUCAGUUUUAUUUUUUCCCCUGAAGCAUUACCAUGUUUCACUUUUUUGUAAACGGAAAAAAUACCUUGUUAAAAGAUACAUUGUUGUUUGCUCACAGUACAUUGUGUUUAUGUGCAAUACCAUUUUAUUAUGUGCUGCUAUUAUACAAUGCAAGGUAAAGCUCUGGGGAUACACUCUUUUUUUUCCAUUAAGGCACAUGUAAUAUAGAUGCACAUCGGAUAUUGUCACAUUAUUCUGCAUCAUGAUGUAAUUUUUAUUCUAGUUAUUGAAUGAUUUUAAUUGUGGUUUAUCUAACACUGACCGGCUGUAUGUCACAUUUGUAAGAAUUAAAGAGUUACUAAAUGUAGAGUUUUCAACUUUUAUUAGAGAAAAAUAGGUGAAUUAUCAGUUUAAAUAAAGUAUGUUUUAUCAGUGUUGCAUGUUAGCACUGGAGAUCAACAUGGGAAACAUAUUACUUGAUUUGAAUUUAAACCUUGGAUUUUUACAAUGUUUAUGCAUUACACUCUGUUGGGAAAUUGGAUUUAUGUCACUGGUAAGUUACAUUGACUUGUAAUGUAAGAAUAAAUUUUAAAAGUUGCAAAUAAAAAA